AUGCCUAGAGAUAGUUCUUCUUCUGAUGAAAGGAAUGAAGGAUCCACUACAACUAAUGUUGUGGAUUCAUCUCAUCCUUACUACAUACACCCAUCAGAUUAUCCAGGGAUGAAUUUGGUGGGUGCUCUCUUUGAUGGUAGAAGCUAUGGAGGAUGGAGAAGGGCUGUCAUCAUAGCCCUUUCAGCUAAGAACAAGUUAGGAUUCAUUGAUGGAUCCCUAACUGUUCCAGCUGUUGAUCUUAUGCUCCAGAAAGCUUGGGAAAGAUGCAAUAAUAUGGUACUCUCUUGGUUGCUGAACUCUUUAUCAAAAGAGAUUGCUGAAAGUGUGCUGUACUCCCACAGUGCACAGUUACUCUGGUCUGACCUGGAAGAUAGAUUUGGUCAGGCAAAUGGGGCAAAAUUAUUUCAACUUCAAAAGGAAUUAAAUGCACUGACACAAGGAAACCUUAGCAUUUCUACUUAUUUCACAAAAAUGAAAAGUCUAUGGGAUGAACUAGAUGCAAUGAAUACUUUUUCAGCAUGUGUAUGUGAGUGUAAAUGUGGUGCAAAAGAGAAGACUGUGAAGGCACAUCAGGAUGAAAGACUCUUGCAAUUUUUGAUGGGUCUGAAUGAGACUUUCAUAGGAGUAAGAAGUAAUAUUUUGUUGUCUUCACCACUUCCUACUAUUGGGCAAGCUUACUCUUUGGUAAUUCAAGAUGAAAAACAGAGAGAAAUUCAUGCAACCCCUAAUUACCCAGGGGAAUCAUCCUCUUUUAUGGCAACUAACCAACAUCCCAGGAGGUUUAAUGAUCAUAAGAAUCAAAAACUUGCCUAUGACACUAAGAAAACCACAGUUUACUGCAACUACUGCAAGAAACCAGGACACACUAUUGACAAAUGUUACAAGAUUCAUGGUUUUCCAGCUGAUUUCAAAUUUACAAAGCAAAGAAUGUUUCAAAAUAAUAUUCAAUCUAACAAUGCAAUCAGUUCAGCAGAUGAUUCACAACAAUCAGGAGGAAACAGUGAGGCUAAGUUUUUGAAUCAAGACAAUAUUUCUCAGCUUUUGCAACUUUUGGAACAAGUGAAAAUGAACCAGCAAGCUGCAGGUUCCACUGAAAAUGCUGCAAAUCUAACUUGUGCUGGUAUGACUAAGUUUUUUUUCUCCAAUGCCUGCAUAUUCAAUGUUGAUAAUAGAUCUUGGAUAAUAGAUAGUGGAGCAACUGAGCAUAUGACUUUUAACAGAAGUUUGUUCACUAAUUUGAAAGCAUUUUCUGAGCCUAUUGUGGACCUUUCACUGAGGAACCCUCAGGUGUUUGGUAGAGAACAAGGAGGACUCUACAUCUUAAAGCCCAAUCAGCCAGCAAUUUCUAGUAGCUUUCCUAAGGCUGUUUCUAGUUGCUUGUCUAGUUCUAGUUUUAACUUACCUAAGGAUCAGUCCAUUUGUAUUUCCAAUUCAGUGUUUGUGUUUUCUGUUUUCUCUAGUGUUUUUGAUCCAAGUGUAAAAGAGAAACUGUGGCAUUACAGAUGA